AUGGCCUUCUUUGAGGAGUGGGGUUCUCCGGCCCAUUUUCCAAACACUGGCGAUGGCAAGAAGUGGCACUACGACAAGGGGGAUUCUGUGAACGGGCUUGUGAACAUUGAUUGGCUCCUGCAACGCAGGCUUCGAAUGACGCAAGCCUAUGGUGCAGGCGCAAACUGCGGAACUUCCCGCUACAGUACCAUGACGGGGCGAUACCCCAGCCGGUCCGCCAUGUCUCGUAAAGAGAACACGGGAGAAACAAUCUCCUGGGCUAAAAUUUCAAACACCAAGGUUCAAGACGUGGUAGACGUCGUGGAUGGCGAAGAUUGCACUGUCUACAACCUGGCACAGGUGCUGAAGGAAGCUGGCUAUCGCACAGGGGCAGUCGGAAAGUGGCACUUGGCCAGGACAGAAUCCCAAUUUGACUACGAUACGUUCAUUGAUGAGAACAUGAUUCCGUGCGGCUUUGAAACGGCGGAGGCCAUCUACACUGUACCCUGA